AUGGCCAUUGCCGAAGGGAACUCCGACAGUGCCUUUUUCAGAAAUCCAAAACUGCCUCUGGGAAAUGAAGGAGUCGCAAUACAUAAACCUCUCAUGUGCUCCCUCACAUUGUGGCAUAUCUGGAAACGAAGCUGCAGACAGAGCACUCACAAGGUCAGGUCAAUUCAGCAGUGGCUGCAAAAGAACAUUCCAGAGUUCAUCUCUGAGUCGUAUUGGCUCUCAGGAAGCCCUGAUCUCAACCCACUAGAUUAUCGGCUUUGGUCGGAACAGGAGAGGAUGGCAUGCCACAAAGCAUACCCUAACUUGGAAAGCAUCAAACAAUCUCUGGUUCGAGUAGUUGAGAGCUUUCCUCAAGAAGUGCUGCAUGCUGCUAUUGAUGACUGGAUUUCUGUCAUCUUCAGAGUGAAAUCUGCCAAAGCUGUGAAAAUAACUGAUUUGGAUCUCUUGAAGCGUCUCGGUAUGAUUGUAACAACAUUCACAGUUCUCCUCCUCAUUCGUACCAUUGUAGCACCUCCUCUUGUCAUCGUUGGAAGAACUGCAGACGAUCUGAAGGCAUAUCUGUGCAAAACCGAUUGGUGGGACCAUUCAUUCACUACAAUACUGCUUCGGGACGCUGUUCUGCUGCUUCCGUUCAUCUGUCCAGCAUUUUCCAGUCCUCGCAGGUUUUUGGACUCGAAAUCAUCCCAAAAUCAUGGUCCGAAAGAUAUCCCUAUCCCUAUUCACCAUCUGAACCUCUCUGCUGUUAGACUUUUCUAG